ACGGACUUCUCGAACGCUGACUUUCCGGCCUUGAAAACGCGUUGCAUCACCAUUUGAGGACAACGACUAAUAAACUACUAAUUAUGGCUGCAGUCGAUGCCUUUAAAGUGUCCUCUCUGAAGGGGAAAGUGGCUUUGAUCACUGGUGCCAGUUCGGGGAUCGGAGCCGGAACCAGCGUUCUGUUCGCCAAACUGGGAGCCCUGCUGGCCCUCAACGGCCGGAACGAGAACAACCUGAACAAAGUGGCGCAAGAGUGCACCAGCUGCGGGGCUGCCGAGCUUUUGCUUGUACCUGGAGACCUGACUGAUGAGAACACGGUGAAAGGGAUCGUGGAGAAGACUGUCGCUCAUUAUGGCAGACUGGACAUCCUGGUGAACAACGCAGGUAUCUUGAUCAUGAGUGGCAUCGAGACCUUGGAUCUGUCGCAGUUUGAUAAAAUCAUGAACAUCAAUCUGAGAUCUGUGUACCAGCUGACUCAGCUUUGUGUGCCUCACCUGAUCAAGACCAAAGGCUCCAUUGUCAACGUAUCCAGUGUCUGCGGCCGAAGAGCAUUCUCUGGAGUUCUCACUUACUGCAUGUCCAAAGCUGCCCUUGAUCAGUUCACCUGCUGUGUAGCAUUAGAACUGGCAGCAAAGCAAGUGAGAGUGAACUCUGUCUGCCCAGGUGUGAUCAUUACAGAAAUCCACAAAAUUGCAGGAAUGGAUGAGGAGGUGUACGCUAAGUUCCUAGCUAAGUGUAAGGAGACACACCCCCUCGGUCGACCUGGUGAAGUGGAAGAAGUGGCCCAAAGCAUUGCCUUCCUGGCAUCAGACGCUGCCAGCUUCAUCACUGGAGUCAACCUGCCCAUUGACGGCGGUCGUCAGGCCAUGUGUCCCCGAUAAGAUCAUGUGUCAACAUGGUGUAUCAAUAUAGUACUUCAACCUGACAGUCUGUUUUUCUGAUGAAUACAGCUGCAGUCAAAGUCAUCUUCUUAACACCAGUAGCUGAACUGAUGGGAUCUUGGUGGUACUUCAAGGACAUAGUUGUUCUCCCACUUUGUGACAGCAGCAGCUGUGUUUGACAGAUGUAAAAUAAAUUGUACAGUGUUGAAGUACACACCCAGGAAAAAGCAAUUUAAAUGUAUAUUUUUCUCGUUUUCCAGUUGUUCUUAGGUCAAAACAUUUGCAAGCUGUUUGUGGUUCCUGUUGAUUCAUUAAGACUUUACUCAGGCAUUACACAGCUGUGUGGUCAAAUCUCUGUAUUCUGUACACACCUCUGUGUGUCGUGCUGCAGUCAAAUACACCACAAGCUUAAAGGAGAAGUUUGACAUGUUUGAA